AUGCUGCCAGCGGCCUGGAGCCUGGUUUUCAUGAUGUUUGGCAUCUACAACCCUGGUAUACAAUGGAACUGGAGUGAUCAGAUACAAACGCCUUGUAGUUGUGAUUCAUUGGCGAGCAAUAAGAGCUGGACUUUUAGCAAGAUAGCUUCUACAGUAGUUUCAGAGUGGAGUUUGGUUUGUGGUGAUUCGUGGAAGGGCUCAACUAUCAUAUCCAUCCAGAUGGUUGGGGCGUUGUUAGGAUCGUGUUCGGGCGGGCAGAUCGGAGAUAGAUUUGGUAGAAAGUUCAGCAUUCACGGCGGAGCGGCUCUGCUUGUUAUUACCAAUUUUAUAGCGGUGUUUUCAGUCUCCUGGGGGAUGUACGCUGCUGUCAGAUUCUUCAUCGGAUUUGCAGCUGGGAGCAUGCUGUCAACUAUCCCGGUUUACUGUCUUGAAUUUGUCCCUGGCUCCUGGAGAGGAAUAACCGGAACUUUUCCGUUUUGGUCUCUGUCUACCUUAGCAUUUUCUAUAUGUGUCAUGAUACUGAGAAACUGGAGGUACGUCCACUUGGCUACUGCAUUUUUUGCCCUACUCUCAUUUCUGCCCGUGUUUUGGCUUCCAGAAAGUAUGCGAAUUUUGACGAUUCAUGGAAAUUUGAAGGGGGCAAACAAAGUUGUCCAGAAAAUUGCCAGGCUCAAUAGAAAACCAGUGCCAGAUACGUCCGUCAUGGCGACAAUUGCAGAGGUGGAAAGGAAGUCGCUAAUGGAGAGGCCAAGUUACAAUUAUCGCGAUCUGUUCCAUAGCAGCAUACGAAGGUACACUAUUGUCAUGGCAAUGAUGUGGCUCACUCUGACUAUCUCCAACAACACAGUUGGGUACGGUCUGAAGGCAUUCACUGGGGACUACUUCGUCAAUUUUAUAAUAUUUUCGGCCUUACCGAUCCCAGCCAGACUGUUUGUAGUAAUAUUGACAUCAAAGGUCGGCAGGAAGACCAUCCUGGCUGUGAGUAUGUGUCUAGCCUGUGUGUUCUCGUUUCUGAUAGUCGGCAUACAGUUGCUGGCACCUGCUGAAGUCGUUGGCACGUCGACAAUAGCUCUGGCCUUCGCCUCAAAUAUGAUCAUAGAAAUUGGAUGGGCCAUGUCUCCACUGAUCGUCGCUGAACUGUUUCCCACGGGUGUCAGAAAUAUGGCCUAUGCUUUCUGCAAUAUUCACGCCAGAAUUGGGUCGAUCAUAGCUCCGUACAUGCUUCCGAAUCACUCGCUUCCCAUUUGGGUUCUCUUUCUUGUUAUAGGCGUUCUUAUCCUGAUAUGUUUCGUUUCUGUUCUGACUUUGCCAGAAUCAAAAGGCUGGGUUCUUCAAGAAAAUCUUAUGGUGAAAGCACCAGUAGAAGCAAUAGCAGAGACAAAGGACAGCGAGGUCGCCAGUAAUGUUUGA